UAUAUUAGUUUCACUCGGUGGCGCAUAAAAUAAUAUAUACCAUAACCAUAGCCACAAAACACCGAACGUGACGCAAGUGUGUGGAUCUGAUUUAUGUACUCUCUGGUUCCCAACUUCAGCUUCAAUUUCAAUUCUUCAAUUUCAAUCAUAACCGAUUCAAUCAAAUGAAAGGUCACGAUUGGAUCAACACGUGUCUCCCCGACGAGUUAAUCGUCGAGAUCUUCCGCCGCCUCGAUUCCAAAUCAACCCGCGACUCCUGCUCCCUCGUCUGCUCUCGAUGGCUCCGCCUCGAACGCCUCACCCGAACCUCCAUCCGCAUCGGCGCCACCGGUUCCCCCGACCUCUUUGUUCAACUCAUCGCUUCCCGUUUCUCCAACGUCACCACCGUUCAUAUCGAUGAACGCCUCUCCGUUUCCCUCCCCGUUCAACUCGGGAGAAGACGUGUAACCGGCGACAAUUCUUCGGGUUCGUCGUUGAAGCUUCAUUACGUUAACCAGAAAAAUGGCUCUUCUUCUGAGGAGAGUUAUUUUGAUUCGCUUUGUUUGUCUGAUAUUGGAUUGGAUGCUCUCGCUGAUGGAUUUCCUAAACUCGAGAAAUUGAGGUUAAUUUGGUGUUCUAAUGUCACCAGUGAUGGAUUAUCAUCACUUGCUCGGAAAUGCGCUUCUUUGAAAUCCUUGGACUUGCAGGGUUGUUAUGUGGGAGAUCAAGGCUUGGCUGCUGUUGGACAGUGUUGCAAGCAGCUUGAAGAUUUGAAUCUGCGUUUCUGUGAAGGCUUAACUGAUAUGGGUUUGGUCGAAUUAGCCUUAGGCGUGGGGAAAUCAUUAAAAUCUCUUGGUGUAGCAGCUUGUGCCAAAAUAACUGAUAUCUCAAUGGAAGCUGUAGCAUCGCACUGUGGAUCCCUUGAGACCUUGUCUUUGGACUCUGAAUUCAUCCACAAUCAAGGGGUGCUUUCUGUGGCAAAAGGAUGCCCGCAUUUGAAAGUUCUAAAGCUGCAAUGUAUUAAUCUUACAGAUGAUGCUUUGAAAGCCGUAGGCGUUAGUUGUUUGUCUCUGGAGUUAUUGGCUCUAUAUAGUUUUCAGAGAUUUACCGAUAAGGGUUUGCGUGCUAUUGGAAAUGGAUGUAAGAAGUUAAAGAAUUUGACUUUAAGUGAUUGUUAUUUCCUAAGUGACAAGGGCUUGGAAGCAAUUGCUACUGGGUGCAAGGAACUUACUCAUCUCGAAGUCAAUGGGUGCCACAACAUUGGAACUUUGGGACUUGAAUCUGUUGGGAAAUCAUGCAAGCAUCUCUCUGAGUUAGCAUUGCUUUACUGCCAAAGAAUUGGUGAUCUUGGGCUUCUUCAGGUUGGAAAGGGUUGUCAAUUCUUGCAAGCUCUUCACUUGGUAGAUUGCUCAAGCAUUGGAGAUGAAGCCAUGUGUGGUAUAGCUACUGGCUGCAAGAAUUUAAAGAAGCUUCAUAUCCGUCGCUGUUAUGAGAUUGGCAACAAGGGGAUCAGUGCUGUUGGUGAGAACUGCAAGUCGCUAACUGAUCUUAGCAUUCGAUUCUGUGACAGGGUGGGGGAUGGGGCCCUUAUUGCUAUAGCUGAGGGCUGUUCCCUUCAUUAUCUGAAUGUUAGUGGUUGCCACCAAAUUGGAGAUGCUGGAGUGAUAGCCAUUGCAAGGGGUUCCCCUCAACUCUGUUAUCUGGACGUGAGUGUACUGCAGAAUUUGGGCGAUAUGGCUAUGGCUGAGUUGGGAGAACACUGUCCAUUGCUUAAAGAAAUAGUACUUUCUCACUGCCGUCAAAUAACAGAUGUUGGUUUAGCCCAUCUUGUAAAAAGUUGCACCAUGCUAGAGUCAUGCCACAUGGUUUAUUGCUCUAGCAUAACUUCAGCUGGUGUGGCCACCGUGGUUUCUAGUUGUCCCAACAUAAAAAAGGUUCUUGUUGAGAAGUGGAAGGUUAGCCAGCGGACCAAGCGCCGGGCAGGCUCUGUCAUAUCCUACUUGUGCGUGGACCUUUAGACUUCCUUUGUUACAUAAUAUAUAGAUAUAUACAUAUCGUCCAGGUUUUUACAUUUUGGUGUGUGAAUAUAAAUAAACUUGUAACACUAUGGCAUGGCUGUAUAUGUUUCCACUCAAACAGAAGUUUUGUUCCCUUAGUCAAUAAGGUUUUACUGCUACUAAUUGUCAUAUUUUAGCCUCAUGAACACUCCAGAGACCUUGUCGUAGGAGUGCCAAGGGGGUAGGAACCAAUCAAUAGGCCUAGUUAAAUAUGUGUUGUAUUGAUUUAUGGAUAGAUAUAGCUGAAGAAGUCUAUCGACUCUGAUAUUGAUGUAACACAACUUUGUUAAAGGAAAAUAAAUACCUGCGUUGAUUUGAUUUACCUA